AUGCCGGGGCUUGGCAUAGGGAUAGGCACAGGAGUCGGCGCGGGAAACCAGAUUCCCCUUCCUUCCAGCGAAAACUGGUGGGAGCGGCGCGUGCCAGCGAACAUGCGACACGUGGCGAACACGGCGGAAUUCGUGGAGGCGCUAGGCGCGGCGGGGGACAAACUCGUGGUGGUUGACUUUUUCGGGACCUGGUGCCGCUCGUGCCGCGCUAUGCACCCCAAGCUCUGCAUGCUGGCGGCGAAGCACCCGGACGUCAUCUUCCUCCAGGUUGAGUUCGACCCCAACAAGCAGCUGUGCCGCUCGCUUGGAAUCAAGCGGCUGCCUUUUUUCCACUUCUACCGGGGCGCUGACGGGCUGCUAGACGCCUUCCCUGCGACACUCACCUCGGCUCUCCGUUUUUCCCUCUCUGCUGCUCUUGCUGCUGGCUGA